AUGGUCAAGCUCACGACAGUCACUGCCGCCAAUCUCGCAUUUGUCAAGAAACAACCGCUCUCGGCCGUGUUCGUAGGAGCAACAAAUGGAAUUGGCGAGUUCACAGUCCGUGAAUUAUGCAAGACACACGGCUACGAUGGACCUGGAUUGAGAAUCAUCAUCGUCGGGCGCAACGAGAAAGCCGCAAACCAGAUCAUGACUGAGUGCAGAUAUCUGUGUUCAUCCAUUGAGUUUCACUUCGUGCAAGGCGGCGACAUCAGUUUGCUACACAGCGUAGACAAGGCAUGUGACGAAGUCAAAAGCAUUCUUGAAACCACGAAGACAGACGGUAUAGACUUGUUGGUCAUGACUCAAGGCAAAGUGGAAUUCGGACCCCGAAUCGGUAAAGCUCCUCUUCCUCCCUGUCUCCUACAACAUACUAAUGAAUCUCAGNAUACAAAAGAAAAUCUCGACAAAUCGAUGUCUCUGCUCUACUACUCACGCAUCCGCUUCGUCAACAACUUGCUUUCGAGCCUGCUCUCCUCCACCCUGCCAACAGGCGCCAGAAUCAUCUCGAUCUACGCAGGAGGCAUGGAAGCGCAAGGCACUCUGCACUCGAACGACCUAUCCCUGGAUCAACCCAACCACUAUUCCUUUGGAAACUGCCGCACGCACUCAGUAUCCAUGAAAACCAUGUAUUUCGAAGAUCUUGCCACCAAACACGCCGGAAAACUGAGUUGCUCGCACAUGUUCCCUGGUCUCGUCGUCCACGAAGGCUUCGAAGAUCCGAACUUCCCAUUGUGGUUCAAGAUUGCAUGGAAAAGUGCAAAACCAUUCGUGCGGUUCUUACCUAUGUACCUAACGCCGCAGGAGAUCGGACAAAGGGUCUUGUUCCUGGCAUCGGCAGAGCGAUAUGCGCCCAAAGGAUUGGAAGCGGGUGCUGUUAGUGUGAGUGCGACUGAUGGAGUCAAGGGAGGAGGUGCGUAUUCAGUGACAUAUACAAACGAGACCAACGACGUGAGCAAGUAUUACCAGAAGUUGAGGGAUGAGAAUUUCCAAGAGUCGGUUUUGCAGCAUACUGAAGCUGUUUUCAAUGCUAUCGAGAAGGAUGGCGUCUUUCAGCCAACGAAGGCAGGCUGA